GUUUCAAACGUUUUGCGUGUCAAUAGCCUGCUUCAGUAAAAAGAUGGCUGCAGCUCAUCGUGAUGUAUCUCCUCUUUUGCAAAAAAUUCGUAACUUUCUUCUUGGGAGGGAACUGAAGUUAGCUCUUCGUUUUAGUGAUGAGAUGUCAACAAGAUCUCCACCUUUGCCUAAGCUACCUAAUGGCCCCUCACAUAAACUUUACUUGAACUAUUAUGUGAAUAGGGAUGGACGUAGAGAGAGUAAUCCUCCUGUUGUGCUUGUUGAAAACAUGCGUAGGAAAGUCAUUGAUUCAGCAGAAAGUAAAGACCAUUCUCUUCACAGACUUGAACUUGGAAAGAUUACUCCUGGACGACAAGCUUCAUAGAUGAAUUCAGUAUUUUACUUUAAUGUAAAGCUUCACAGACACUAUAUAUAUAUAGUUUCUUUGUAAUGCUGUAAAUGUAGCCAAUUAUAGUUAUUAUUCUUGCUCAGUCACUUAUUUUAUCUGUAGAAAAACAAAAUUUAUGAAUAAAGCACCCAAGUUGAGCAUUUUUA